AUGCAUAAGCACAAGUCAAAGUCCAAAUCGCACCACUGGGGCGCCUGGUCGGAAUGGACCUGGGACAGUACCCAGCAGGCCAAUGUGCGCGUUCGCCAGGAUACUGAAGGCCAUCUCGAGUACGAGUGGGAGCAGCAAGACCUAAACCCGGCAGGUCAUGCGCGGACCCCUCGCGAUGCUGCGGUGGAGGACAUAACACAACGUCUAAGCAGUCUAACAACGACGACAAAUGAAGCUCACUUCGAAGUAGCUGAGGAAUAUGACUAUGCCGGCGGAGCACCAGAACGACCAAAGACAAAGAAAAACAAGCCAAAAAUCAAAGAGAAAGAGAAGGGCAAAGAAAAGUUGCAUCGUCGACGCGCUAGCUCAGACGGCAAACCCUCCACCACAUUUCCAGAGGGCGCGGCAUACACGGAAUGUGCCGACCUACAAUACGCUGAGUCUUCCUAUGCGAAGGAGCACCAGCGACAGAAUCAGACCUUUGCGACUUUGCCUUCCAUGACGCCACACACUGUUCACGCACCACAAGCUGCAGUCAAUUAUUCACAAUACGGGUCAGCGCAAGCUGCCUACACCAGUGAAUGGUCACUAUCGCGCGGAUAUGCCGCAUUUGGAGAGGCAGGUGCAGCAUCUUCCAGCCAGGCCGCAGCAGAAGCGCAACUGUACACCGAAGAAGAUUUUGAGGCCACUAGCUCCAAAAUUAGUAGCCAAACACCCAACACAUACGAUGACUUAUUAUUAAUGAAAGCCGGCGAAGCGCACAGCGGAUCUGAAGGGUCACCGACACCACAGCCCGAGACGGCUGCAGAUGGAGAAUAUAUACCCGGCACAACGGAGGGCGAUGCUGGUGAGCUAGAUCCACGGUAUCGAAUCGAGCACUCGACACGCUUCCAACCCGGCGAGAUCUUCAAAGUGCAUUGGUCCGAACCACAAGGCUCGAUAAACGAAGCGCCGAAAUCCUCAUCCAAAAAAGAGGAUUUGCAAAACAAGUUUGGAACAGCAUUCUUUGUUGGAUUCAGGCGCUUUAUUGUGGUGGCCAACGACCAAGGCCACUGCACAUGUGUGCCAAUUCUUACGUACGGGGGCAAAGCAUGCAAAAAGUCUGGAGUCAAGCCCGAAAAACACGGCAUCGUCUACGAGAGGGGCCAGAAAUCGAAGAAGCUGAACGGCGAGCCGUCGCUGGGGUUUUCACCUGUGCGGGUUGAAAUGACGGAAGAGGGUGAGAAGAUCUCGAGGGAAUCUAGGGUCAACUACUCGAAGCUUGUCACUGUCGAGCACAAUGUCAAGGUCUUUUUCAUCGGCCACGUUUACGCAAGCGACUGGCAAAUCGUCGGAGAUGCCGUCAAUCAUUGCUGGAACAAGAAGAUACAUCAAAAACAACGUCACAAGUGA